AUGCUCGACGAGAACCUUCCCACAUUUUACCUCAAGCCAGGGAGCAAGGAUACACCUCACCUUUCGCAAAUAUACCUCCUCCAGUACGGAAACGAGCCCGACCCAGUUUAUUCCUGCCACUACCCUGACCCUUCCUCCCCCGAAUCUAAGAACCGCUAUGCCGCCGCACUCUACGACCCUUACGUUCCCGACGUCGUCUAUGGCGAGGUUCUGAUCAUCCCUGAAUGGACUCAACCGACACUCUCGGCGGACGCUAUCCGCCAAAAUGGUGGCGUUCCGCCACCCCCGGAGCCGAUCCUCCCAAACAAAUUCACCAUCCAGCUUUACAACCCUGACCAACAGAUCGUGGUGAGCUACAAGCCGAAGACAUGGAAUAGCCCGCCCUCCUGGUCGUUUGAGAUGCCACAACACAGCUUCCGUGAGCCUACCGGAUCGUCUCUCGAUCGCGUUCAGCUCGACCCGGCUGUCGCAGGCACAACCCCCAAGUUGCGCUUCACCUGGAAGAGGGACAGCAAGCUGUCCAAGGAUCUCACGUGUCUACUCCGCGGCAAGACCUCCGCCAUUCCCGAAACCAAGACCAAGAGCAAGGAACCGGACAUUACUGUCUCGAUGUUCAAGGCGCUGCGCGAACUGACGCUGUACGAGCCGAACCUAUACCGUGUUGAAAUGGAGGAUUUCAAGGGUCUAGAGCUUGUUCUCUUGCUGGGAGCAAUGACUAUCCGCGACGUCUAUUUCGCUCCCCCCAAGGAAGCGUUCCGUAUCUCGAGACAGAACUCUGCAACUGCUUCACCAACUUCCAACUCCCCCAUCGCUCCUAGUCCAACGUCGAACAGGCUGCCUGCCGGCUCGGGACCCCUGAUGACUGAUAUCCCUCCCGCUCCACAACCACAACCGGUCCGGAGCCCGCAACUUACAAGGCAGCAUGAACAACUUAGGAGGGAGGAAGAACGACGGAUACGGAAAAUGCUGGAUGAGGAAGAAAAGGCGCGCCAGAAGCGUCAAGCCGAGGUUGACAAAGAGACCCGGCGGCUACAGAAGCUGUAUGGUGACGAGGAAAAGCAAGUUCGACUGCAGACACCGUCUUUGCCACCACGACCAUCCAUACAGGAGCCUCCAAGACCAGCUCCACGAUACUACGAUUAUAACCAAGGUCCGCCUCCAGUCUCACAUGGCGGAUCGAGACCCUAUAUGCAACUCCCUGGCCAAAUGUCGACGAUGAGCUUGUUGUCUCCACCACGACCACAGUCGACAGCGAACCAGGGGCUGCAGAAUAAGCGCAGCAGUUUCUUUGGACUCCGACGAGUUUCGGAAGAAGGAAAAUUGACGAAAAAGCGCAGUUCCAUGUUUUGA